CCUGCGGGCCUGCGCGGCCGGUGCGGAAACACCCGGGGCAGCGAACAGGCGCGGUUAAGCACCAUGCCGCUGGAGCUGGAGCUGUGUCCCGGGCGCUGGGUGGGUGGACAGCACCCGUGCUUUAUCAUCGCGGAGAUCGGCCAGAACCACCAAGGAGACUUAGAUGUGGCUAAGCGCAUGAUCCGCACUGCCAAGGAGUGCGGGGCCGACUGCGCUAAGUUUCAGAAGAGUGAGUUGGAGUUCAAGUUUAACCGGAAGGCCCUGGAGAGACCAUAUACUUCGAAGCAUUCAUGGGGGAAGACUUACGGGGAGCACAAACGACAUCUAGAAUUCAGCCACGAUCAGUACAAGGAGCUGCAGAGCUACGCGCAGGAGAUUGGCAUCUUCUUCACUGCCUCUGGCAUGGACGAGAUGGCAGUUGAGUUUCUGCAUGAACUGAAUGUUCCCUUUUUCAAAGUUGGAUCUGGAGACACUAACAAUUUUCCCUACCUGGAAAAGACAGCCAAGAAAGGUCGUCCUAUGGUGAUCUCCAGCGGGAUGCAGUCCAUGGACACCAUGAAGCAAGUCUAUCAGAUCGUGAAGCCCCUGAAUCCCAACUUCUGCUUCCUCCAGUGCACCAGUGCGUACCCACUACAGCCCGAGGAUGCCAACCUGCGCGUCAUCUCGGAAUACCAGAAGCUCUUUCCUGACAUUCCCAUAGGGUAUUCUGGGCACGAGACAGGCAUCGCCAUAUCUGUAGCCGCAGUGGCCCUGGGGGCCAAGGUAUUGGAACGUCAUAUAACUUUGGACAAGACCUGGAAGGGGAGUGACCACUUAGCCUCACUGGAGCCUGGAGAACUGGCAGAGCUAGUGCGGUCUGUGCGUCUGGUGGAGCGGGCACUGGGCUCCCCAACCAAGCAGCUACUGCCCUGUGAGAUGGCCUGCAAUGAGAAGCUCGGCAAGUCCGUGGUAGCCAAAGUGAAAAUCCCAGCAGGCACCAUCCUGACCCUGGACAUGCUCACUGUGAAGGUGGGGGAACCCAAAGGCUAUCCUCCUGAAGACAUCUUCAACCUGGUGGGCAAAAAGGUGCUGGUCACUAUUGAAGAAGAUGACACGGUCAUGGAGGAAUCCGUGGAAAGUCAAAGCAAGAAAAUCAAGGCUUAAAAUAAAGUGCCACUCCAGGCUUCUCGGCCACCCUGCUACUGCUGUCCAGUGUGUUGGGUGCAGAGGGCCAGGAGUGUCAGUCUCCAGGCCACCCUGUCACAGUGACCACCUGUGUCCAGCUCACUGGAAAGGAGGAACCAGUGAGGCUCUUCUGCUUUGAAGUGCCCAGCCAGCGAAGGUGGCCCAGAGCACAUGCAGCUCCUCUAGGGUUUCUGUGUGGCUCUGUCGACAUCUUGAGCCUUCAUGGUCCCACUCAAUAAAGCAGCUCCGGGGACCUGAGCUCUCAGUUCCUCAUAGAGCACUGAACAGUGGGCAUUAGACUCUGCCUGAGGCCCUAAGGGCAGAGACAAGCUCUCCUGUCUUUAUGAGGAUAGGCAGGGACAGAGCACUUGGUCCUCCCUUUGGCAAAUUGUCACCACCAGAGGCCUAGGGCCAUGGUUCUUAGCAGCCGGUCCCUUUCUCAGAGGCCUUCUUCUCAGACAGCAGGUGCACACUAACCCACAGUACAGUUGAUCAACAGGCAGGGAUGAACACGGGUCUGUAAGGGGGUGGCCAUGGAGUCUGCACAUUUUAGCCAUAGGGGGCGGUGCAGAAAUCAACCCCACCAUAAGCACCAGUGUCUUGUCACACAUGACAGAUUACAAACCCAAAGGUCCUGUUGACAUCUUUAAGUGCAGUUAAGUGCAUGAACACUCACAGAGGUUCACUGUCACAAUUCACUCUGUUCUUCGAAAUCGAUGCUGAGAUUAAUCAUUGUUCUUUUUCAAGUAUCUCCUUGUCUUUACUUUAAAAAACUUUUUUUGAGACAGGAUCUCACUCUAUCCCUGGCUAGCCUAGAACUGGACUUAGACCCUGAGAUCUGCUUGCCUCUGCCACCUGAGGGCUGAGAUUAAAGCUGUGUACCACCA